ACUACUGAAUAUGGUAAACCUGUAUAUUGGGAUAGAAGAUAUAAAAAAGACCCAGAAACAUUUGAUUGGUAUCAAAAAUAUUCAACAUUAAAACCAUUUUUAAUUGAAAAGAUUAAAAGCAAAGAUGCUAAAAUUUUAAUGGUAGGUUGUGGUAAUUCAACAUUAUCAGAAGAAAUGUAUAAUGAUGGCUAUAAAAACUUAACCAAUAUUGAUAUAUCAUCGGUUGUAAUUGGGCAAUGUAAAGAAAAAUAUAAAGAAUCACAAUACCCAGGAAUGGUUUAUCAGGUAGAUGAUGUUUUAGAUUUAAGCUUAGCCGAUGAAGAAUUUGAUGUUGUUAUUGACAAAGGCACUUUUGACACGAUAAUGGCAAAUUGUAGCAAAGCAAUUAUAAUGUGCGAGGAAAUUUUUAGAGUAUUAAAUAAAAAAGGUGUUUAUAUAUGCAUCACAUAUGGCAUGCCAAAUGAUAGAGUAUUUUAUUUUGAACAAGCUUGUGAUUGG